AUGUCAUUUAGAUCAACUCAGGUUUUGAAAUGGGAUAAAUUCAACAUGAAGGAAUUGGAAGAUCGCAUAAGAAAAGCAAGAAUGGAGAAAAAAAUUUUCGUUGUUUUUAGUGGUUAUGAAAAAAUCAGAGAAAGUCUUUUGAAGCGUGGGUGGUUAGAGAAAAUUCCUGAUCAUCGACUUUACUUGAUAUCACCAACAUCUGAGAAAUUUGCGCUUGGAAUGUUAAUGAAGACGACUCCUUUCAACUUUAUCUGGCAACGGAAGACAAGACCACUUAAAAAUGUCAAAGAUCUUAAUCCAUGCACCAACUCAAUUGUGCGACAACGUUACAUGGAUUUCACAACAAAAGAUGGAAUUAACAAUUGUGCUGAUAAUUUCAAAUGGAAUUUCAUUGAAGGACAUACAGAUUUGACAUAUCAACGAUCGCAUAUUUUAUCAGACAAGGCAAUGAGAGAAGAAUUCUCGAAAGAUUUCCGAAGAACGACAUUAACAAAUUACAUUUUGUUCCUGGAUUGUUUCAUGUUUAUUGAUAAUGAAAUUGAUUUCUUUUUCACAAUAUCGAGAAAAGGAAUAUCAGUUGAUUCGAUUGAUUUCGCUUUGAAGAAAGUUGAAGAUUUGAUUGCGGAAGAUAAAAAAGUUGACUACGAUGACGAUCAUGAGAAAAUUCUUUUGAAGUUUACAAAACAUGAGAUGGAACUUCUUGAUGAAAUUCGACAAAUAAUUAAUGGAACGAAAAGAUUCAAACUUUUAAGUCAUUUCGAUUAUUCAAUAUUAAGACUACAGAUUGAUGAAUGUGCACUUAAAAUUUUGUCGCAUUGGCCGUAUUUGAAGUAUGAUGGAUUUAAAAAUGUUUGGAUCGUAAAACUGAUUGGUUCGUCAAGUGGUUACAAUGUGACUGUAAUGAAUAACGAAGAUAAAAUUCUUAAAGCUACUGAAAAUAUUUCUCAUCGAUACAUCGUACAGAAAUAUGUUGAAAGACCUUUAAUUAUUCACAAACGAAAGUUUGACAUUCGAGUUUAUGUCAUGACAUUCAUUCGAAAUGGUUUCGUUGAUAUUUGGUUGUAUAAAGAUUGUUACGCAAAAUUCUGCACGAAGCCAUUCAGUCUUGACAACUUGGACAAGUCAGUUCACGUCUCGAAUUAUGCAGUGCAAAAGCAGUUCAUGAAUCAACAAGAUUCUGUUCCAAAUGCUAAAGAAAAUAUGUGGUCAUUGUCACAAUUGAUUGAAUACUUCACAUCAACUGGUCAUCAAUACAUUUGGGAUGAAGUAAUUUACCCAGGAAUUAAGAAGAAUCUUCUUGCAGUGAUCAUCGCAAGUUUGGAAGCAACUGAACUAGAAGUUAACAACUUUGAACUUAAUGGAGCUGACUUUAUGAUUGCUUACGAUUAUCAACCUGUUCUCAUUGAAAUUAAUUCAGUUCCAGCACUUUACUUCUCACGAACAGUCGUCGAGAUGAUCACAAAUAAAUUACUUGAAGAUGUUGUUAAAGUGGUCGUCGAUUACCGAGAUGAUCGCAAAGCUUCAACUGGUGAUUUUGAAUUAAUCCACACACACAAAAUUCCUCAAAUUCAAAACUUUACACCUGAUCUGUCUAUAAAUUCAGUGAGAUUGAAUCAUCAUAUUGAAAGAACAAAAUCUUGGAAAGAAAAAAUUAUUUCUGACAUUUCUGAAGAUCGAAAUGUUGUUGAUGUUAAUUGAACAAUAAAAAUUGAAGUUU